CUGAACUACUUCGUCCCGUUUGUCAUAAAGACGCGGAAUAAACGUAAAUAUACGGCGUCUCGUUGACACGUGCGGCAUGGCGGCGGUAUUUGGGAAGAUUCUCAUCGGUAUUUAUGUGGAAAUCAAAAGAAGCGACGGACGAAUACACCAGGCCAUGGUCACAUCGCUUAACGAAGACAAUGAAAGUGUCACUGUGGAAUGGAUAGAAAAUGGGGACACCAAAGGCAAAGAGAUUGACCUGGAGAGCAUUUUUGCCCUAAAUCCAGACCUCGCACCCGAUGAAGAGAUUGCACAAAGUCCAGAGACUCCGCCUCCUCCUGUGUCAAGUUCUGUUAAAGUUAACAAGGUCCCAGCAAAUAAGAAUCGCCGUACUGCAGCACCAUCUAAGAAUGAAACACCUGCAAGGGAUAACCGAGUCAUAGGUACAACGAGAGCACGGCCCAGCCAGCAGAUUGAACAGGCUCCUAGUGCUCCACCUCCGCCUCCAAUCCAGCACCAGACACUGCAGCAGCAGCAGAAUGCUCGCAGGAAGUCAAACUGUGUAAAGGAGGUGGAGAAACUGCAGGAGAAGAGGGAGAGGAGGCGUCUGCAGCAGCAGGAGCUCAGGGAGAAGAGAGCACAGGAAAUAGACACAACAACCCCUAAUUAUGAAAUUAUGUGCAUGAUCCGGGACUUCAGAGCCAGUCUGGACUACAGGCCACUGACUACUGCUGAUCUGAUUGAAGAGCACAGGAUAUGUGUGUGUGUAAGAGCAAGGCCACUGAACAAAAAAGAGAUGAGCUUGAAGGACUUGGAUGUCAUCACCAUCCCUAGUAAAGACGUCGUCAUGGUCCACGAACCCAAACAAAAAGUGGACUUAACAAGAUACCUUGAGAACCAGACAUUUCGCUUUGAUUAUGCCUUCGAUGAUACCGCUACGAACGAAAUGGUUUACAGGUUUACCGCCCGGCCGCUUGUAGAGACCAUAUUUGAAAGGGGAAUGGCUACGUGCUUUGCCUACGGACAAACAGGAAGUGGUAAAACUCAUACAAUGGGUGGAGAUUUUUCUGGGAAAAAUCAGGAUUGCUCUAAAGGGAUCUACGCGCUAGCAGCACGGGACGUUUUUCUAAUGCUAAAGAAGCCAAACUACAAGAAGUUAGACCUUCAAGUUUACUCUACCUUUUUUGAAAUUUACAGUGGAAAGGUGUUUGACUUGUUGAACAGGAAGGCGAAGCUGCGGGUUCUGGAGGACGGCAAGCAGCAGGUGCAGGUUGUUGGACUGCAGGAACGAGAGGUUCAUUGCACAGAGGACGUCCUCAAACUUAUAGAAAUGGGCAACAGCUGCAGAACGUCUGGACAGACCUCAGCCAACGCACACUCCUCUCGCAGCCAUGCCGUGUUCCAGAUCAUCCUGCGGAGGAGAGGCAAAAUGCACGGCAAAUUCUCCCUGAUCGACUUGGCAGGCAACGAGCGAGGGGCGGACACGUCCAGCGCCGACCGCCAAACUCGCCUCGAAGGGGCCGAGAUCAAUAAAAGUUUACUGGCUCUGAAGGAGUGCAUCAGAGCCCUGGGUCGCAACAAGCCUCACACCCCGUUCCGAGCGAGCAAGCUCACGCAGGUUCUGCGAGACUCCUUUAUUGGAGAGAACUCCCGAACGUGCAUGAUUGCCACCAUCUCUCCCGGCAUGGCUUCUUGUGAAAACACCUUGAAUACACUGAGAUACGCCAACAGAGUGAAGGAGUUUGGGAUAAGCCCCUCAGACAUCCCUUUCUCUCAGGGUGGAAGCGGACGCUCUGAACUCUCUCCUACCUACGAGUAUGAUGACUUUGCUUCCUCACCCAGCAGAGUGAAGGAGCUUACUGUGGACCCGGGUUCAGUGAUGGAAGGCAGAUCAGGAGGACAUCAAGUGAGCCAGCUAGACGUGUUGGAGCCACAGUGGGGAGUGGGCAGCUCUCCUCAGAGAGACGAUCUCAAACUGCUUUGUGAGCAGAAUGAGGAGGAGGUCUCCCCUCAGCUUUUCACCUUCCAUGAGGCUGUGUCUCAGCUGGUGGAGAUGGAGGAGCAGGUUUUGGAGGACCACAGAGCCGUGUUUCAGGAGUCGAUACGCUGGCUAGAAGAUGAGAAAGUUCUAAUAGAGAUGACAGAGGAAGUGGACUAUGACGUGGACACGUAUGCUACACAGCUUGAGCAAAUUUUGGAUCAAAAGAUUGAAAUCCUAACAGAGCUCCGAGAUAAAGUGAAGUCGUUCAGGUCUGCUCUUCAGGAGGAAGAGCAAGCCAGCAAGCAGAUCAACCCCAAACGGCCACGAGCCCUCUAACUCUCUGAGCGCACUGACUACAGAUCAGGCAGCUGAAAGGGGAAACCGCAGAUCUCCAGGUUUUCAGCAUUUCACCCUCGUCUUGGAGUAACUUCCUGUACGAAUUCCUUUUUAUUUCAAACAGAGUUAAGAAGCACACUUUUACGCCUAAUUGUAUAGUGUUAAAAUAAAUUCCAGUUCUAACUAAAAAUGACUUUUAUAAUACCAUACAAUGUACCGGCCACGAUGCGGUGUAAAAGAGAGUGAAAAGAGAUUGCAUGCACGCAGUGGCUCUGGUCGAACCCACGCAUUCCCUCACAUUUGCACUCACCUUUUGUCUAAACUACAUUUUCAUUGGAUACGGCUGCUUUUAGAACAUGUACAGUACUGACUCCUCGAGUUAUGUAAGAGUGGCCCGUGAAGUGAAGAACAGAGCAAACUGCAGGUAACGCAAAUGGACUGAAUCUAAAGACAUUGUUCAGAAAUAACAGCUAUUGUCUAAAUGAAUACAGAUUCAAAUAGGAGGUACACUUUUUUUUUUUUAGGUUUAAAUGGCAUGUGCUAGAGCUGUUGCACUACUUUCAUGCUGGCGAGACAAAGGAGGAUCCAGUGAUGUUCUUACAGUGUUCAUUUAUUCAUCUUUAAUAACAGCGUGGUCAGGGGGACACUGCUUUAA